AUGUUUCGAAGAGCCAAAGUGUCGGAUGGGACAGCCAUCGGCCAAGUGGGCAUAAAGAAGAAAUCGAGGGUCCCCGGGGUGAUGAUCACGCAGUUCAUCGAGACGCUGCCAGAGGGGAAGAGCCAUCCAGACUUCACCCGCAAGCCGAUUGCUUUGACCAUACAAGAGGGCAAAUUUGCUUACUUUAAAGCGAUCGUCACUGGAGACCCACAGCCGACCGUGACGUGGAGCAGAAACAAUGGAGAUGUGUCCGAUACGUCAAGAUAUCAGACUAAAUAUGAUCACAAUUCCAAUGAACAUACAUUUGAGAUGCUAAAUGUUAUGCCGGCUCAAGCCGACACCUACAAAUGCUUUGCCAAAAAUGAAUACGGGCAAGCCAUUGUGACAGUUGUUCUGAACGUGAUUGCCGUUGGUUUCCAAAAGAACAAAGCCCAGAAGGAAGCAGCCGAUGCCCCCGGUGGGAAUUUUAAAACCAUCCUAAAAAGGAGACGUAACAUCCGUCCGAAAUCCGAGCAACCUGAGAGAAAAGACGGAGAGAUCGAUCCGAAAUUUUGGGAGAUCUUAAUCAGCUCUGACAAGAAAGACUACGAGAGCAUCUGUACCGAGUUUGGAGUGACCGACUUUCGUUGGAUGCUCAAGAAACUUAAUGAAAUGAAGAAAGAAAGGGAGGAGGAACAAGCUGAGUUUGUGAGCAACCUGUCCAACCUGAGACACAUCGAGGUCAAUGCGGACGGCACUGCAUCCUUUGAGAUCGACAUGGACCUCAUUGAGCCAAGCAGCUCGAUAUUCCUGUACAAGGAUGGUGAGAUGAUUCCGUACACAAAGGAGUUGGGAGAUCAGUUGAAGCACAGUCUUAAAAAAGUGGGAAAAAAGUAUAUUUUCAGUUUGAGGGACCUCAUGCAAGGCGAUGCUGGACUGUACCAGCUGGAUGUAGAGGAUGUGAAUAUCUUUUCCACCGAUUUUAAAAUCCCCAUGGUGGACUUCUUGGUGAAGAUUCAGGAAGUGAAGGCAACAGAGAGAGAAGAUGCUGUGUUCGAGUGCGUGCUGUCCAAUCCCUUCUCGAAGAUUUUGUGGUUUGGCAAGAAUUUACCGCUGGAACAAAGCGAUAAAUAUGACGUCGAGGUGUCAGAAGACAAGCUCAUUCACAGGCUGGUGGUCAAAGACUGCUUGAUCGUUGACAAGGGAAUUUAUUCCGUCUGCGCAGGAAUAAAAUCGUGCAACGCAUGGCUUGUUGUUGAAGCCGAUAAAGACGCACAAAAGGGCAAAAAAACAGCGAGGAAAACCACGAGGGCCGGGGGAUCGGGGAUGGACCUGCAGAAGGUUGCCGAAGAGCAGCAAACUAAAUUAGUGAAGGAGAGAGCAGAAAGAAAAGAGCAGAUUAAAGCUGCGGCGGCUGCACCUCCACCUGAAGCUCCUCCAGCUGCUGCGCCCAUCCCGGCUGAACCGGAGGCAACAAAAGACGCAGAGCCAAGAAUCGGAGGCGAACCAGCAGCGGUGGUGGAUCCACCGGUUGUGGAGGUAGAAAGCACCGAGCCUGGAGUGACCUGUGGACUUUCUGAUGUUUAUGUUCUUCGUGGAAAUCCGGCUGAAUUCACGGUGAAGAUGAACAUAGACUGCGAUGGCAGCUGGUUCAGAGACGGAGAGCAGUUGAACUCCGGUGCUGGGAUCACCGUGAGGAAAGACGGAACCUCUCACCAGCUGACGAUGCAAAGCUGCAAAGACGACGACGCUGGAGUUUAUCGUUUUGCGUCAGGGGAUCACAGCACCCAAGGAAAGGUCACUGUCGGAGGCGUACCUGAAUUCGACCCCGACGACCUCUACAAGUUCUCCAAACCUGUGAUUGUGCGAGUCGGCCAGAACGCCGCUUUCAAGAUGCCUUUUGCUCCUCAGGAGUCGUUGGCGGUCAGUUGGUUCAAGGACGACGCGGAGAUCAAAGGCGGAGGAGGAGUCAAGAUCGUGAGGGAGCCCAACCACAGCCGGCUGCUGCUCAGAGACUGCCUGCGGACAGACGCAGGGGAAAUAAAGAUCCAACUCAAAAACCCAUUUGGGGCUGUGGAGGCCACAUCGAAGUUUAUUGUGCUUGAUCGGCCCAGUGCUCCGGAGGGUCCAGUGGAGACGGUUGAAACCACCUCGUCUUUAAUCGAGAUUAAAUGGAACCCUCCCAAAGACGACGGCGGCUCCGCUGUCACCAACUAUAUCAUCGGGAGGCAGCAGGCGGGACAAGCGCUGCGGACCAAACUCGGGGACGUCUCGGCGGACAAGACCUCCAUCAGAGACAGGAAUGUGACCCACGGAAAGAAAUACAACUACCGCAUCUACGCGGAAAACCCCGAAGGCCUCAGCGACGCCCUGGAGACCGCCGAUAGCAUUAUGGCUGGCAUAAUGAACUGUCAUCCCUUAUUACUCUCCGGUCCCCCUGGUGGCCCCAAAGUGGUCGGUGCCUCUAAAACCUGCAUCAACUUGACAUGGACCGCCCCAGAGGACGACAAGGGAGUACCCGUCAGUUACCAAUUGGAAAAACGAAAGAAGGACACCAGUCUGUGGAUCGCCCUGAAUGCACUUAAUGAACCGAUUGAAGAAACAAGCUACGCAGUGAAAGAGGUCACUGAGGGAGCCGAGUACGAGUUCAGGGUUUCAGCACUUAACGAGUCCGGAUCAGGGGACCCGAGCCCUCCCUCUGCAAUGGUGUGCGCAAAAAACCCCAACAUGAGACCUUGUUUUAAAGACCCGGAGGACUUCAUUGUUUUCCGAGCAGGAAAUUUGGCACGUGUCAAAAUGUGCUAUGUGGCUGAACCUCCACCUCAGAUCACUUGGCUGAAGGAUGAUGAGCCAAUAUCCCCGUGGAUUAAUAUCAUCAAUACAGAGGGAAUGUCUCAGCUCGUUAUCCCCUCGUCGAAGCGCUCAGAUUCGGCCAUUUACACCAUUCAAGCCAAAAACUCUGUGGGCGAGGCGUCAUGUGACAUCGAGGUCAGCGUCACAGAUGAACCCAAAAUUCCAGGCGCUGUGGAGCUGGAGCAAACGGUCCACGGCAAAGUGUCUCUGUCAUGGGCUCCUUCUCCAGACGAGGAGCUCGACAACCGCCUUUACUACGUGGUGUCUCAAUGCGACUCCAACACCAGAGUGUGGAAGAACGUAGCAGACCGCCUCUUCACCAACACAUACACAGUCAACAAUAUCCUUCACGGGGUACAGUACCACUUCCGGAUCUACGCCAAGAACGAUAUGGGCCUCUCGGAUCCGUCGCAGUCGCCCACGUGGGGCGUCAACAGCAACAGAGUUCCAAAACCUUCAAAUGGAUGUAAUUCAUCAGCUCUCAGCUUUGAGAGGCCUCCAUCCGUCUUGGUGCCUCUGAAAGUCCACACACCACCGACAGGAUACCAGCUCUACAUGACGUGUGCUGUGCGGGGGUGCCCUACGCCCACUGUGUCCUGGUACCUGAACGACGUCUGCAUCAACUUUGACAACCACUACUACAUCACCAACUCGUUUGGCGUGUGCUCCAUGUACAUCCUCAGAGUCCGAUCAAAAGACAGCGGCGUCUGUAAAGUGGUCGCCGUCAACUCGUUCGGCCAGGCGGAGUGCUCUACGAAACUUAUCGUUAGAGAUUAAAAUUCAGCAGCCUCUUCUCACACUGACAUAUUCUGGACAAUAAGGAGGGUGGAUGCUUUUUGUUUUACUACAUAGACCGCAUUAAUUUAUUACCUUCGCAUUGAAAAUGCGGAAGGUUAUGUUUUGAUCGCUGUGUAUUUAUUUGUAUGCGUGUUAUUCGCAUAACUCAAAAAGUAUUAAACCGAAUCGCAUGAAAUUUGGUGGGAUGAUUGGUUAUUAUCCGGGGACCAUUUGAUUAGAUUUUGGGAUCGAUCGGGUCAAGGUCAUGAAAAGGUCAAAAUCUUCUUUCUACCAUAGCGAGGUCAAUUUUUAUCCAAUUGGCAUGCAACUAAUGCCAAAAUGUGGCUGUGGCGAAGGUAUGCGCUCUACCGAGUGCCCAUUCUAGUUUGAAAUGGGACAAUUUACAAUUGAAAUAAUAGUGAACCAGUGA